GUCAUCUGAAAUGGUUUCCAACAGUCUUGAAGGAGUUCCCAGAGAAAUUGGCACAUUUUUGGUUAGAGGACACAAUGAGGCACCAGCAGUGCCCUAUUUGCCACGUCACAUACUCGAAUCUUCCUAAGCACCUGACUGGAUUCCACAACGUGGCGAAUCCCAAAGAGAAGGCCCUGCUCCUGAGCCUCUCCAGCGGACGCGUGAAGGGUUUGUUCCGAUGUGAGGAGCCUCAAUGCGGGAAAACGGUUAAAAGGCUUGACAGGCAUUACGCAGAAUGCCACAUUGAUAAAACGCUCGAUGAAGCUAAGAGCAUCGUCACAAGGUGCAAAAAACAAUACAUUCUGGAGCAGCUAGGAAAACUGAGGGAAACCCAUCCUCAGGUGCUGAUGGUCAGCGUGCUGGAUUUGGGCGGCCAGGACAACCGAUGGACCCGACCACCCCCCAACGCACCAGCAACGGCGGACCCAGCCUGCAGCCAGGGACAUCAACGGACCCCCCGCCUGAAAGCGGAAGUCCUGGAUAGGGCCAUAGACAUCCUACCUGACACUGAAACACCUGGAAUGUCCACAGAUGUCAAACCAGAGCCAGUGCCGGUGGAGACCACCCAGGACCUCACACCCAACUGCUCAAACACAGACUGCCAGCGGCUUCUGAGAGAAAAUCAGGAGCUCAAGGCACGUCUGGGUUUGGGCAAGGGAGAAUGCCCCAGGCAGGACUGCCAGCAUAAAAGCCAGGAGCUCUCCAGGCUGGUGCAGCUCUACAUGGCAAGCCCCCAGAAGAAGCUCCGAAAUAAAUUUUCCAGAAAGGAUGAUUUUGAAACAGAGCAUGCCCCAAAAUAUGAACAAGUCCUACAAGACUUUUUUGUCUUCUGUGUCGGGGCCAAUCCUUCAAGCAAAGUGAAAGACAACGGCAAUACCUGCCGGAGCCACGUCCGCAGGUUUCUUUUGUUUGCAGGAGAGGGCAAGCUCCUGAAGGGGGACUUUUCCUUUUUAGCCGACUCAACGAAGAUUGCAGAGUGGGUGGAGGUUCUGAAAACAGACAGAAUGAAACCCACGACCAUAAGAAUUAAUCUAGUAAACAUCCACAAGUUCGUCAAAUUCCUAAACGACCUGCCUGCAACCCAAACAAAACUCAGCGUGAGGGACUUCCAAAGGAUCCAUGCACAGAUAAAGGCACGCCUGAAGGAUCUACAGAAGGACGUCACUGUACAUAGCAGAGGAAUGCAGUUGAGACAAAGGACACAAACUCAUUAAGUUAUCUGAAAAACUUCUCUGUAUUAAAGGUCCGUUACUUGCAAGAUCUGGCCGUUAGCGCCUGGUCGUCAAGUUCAGCCGGUUGUUAGUCAAACUGUAUGUGUAAGAAAGAAAUGAACUCCUUGUGAGUGGAAGUCGUUCCCAGAGCUCUGUU